CUGCCCUUCCUGACCGCUUGCCUUAAUGAGACGCUGCGACUGUACCCCGCGUUGCCGGAGAUCACCCGGCUGGCCCAGCAGGACGACGUAUUGAGCGGCUACCAAGUGACCCGUGGGUCAUCAGUCGUCGUGUCGCUGUACUCCAUGCACCGCCAUCCCGCCAUCUGGCCGCGACCCGACGAGUGGUUGCCGCAGCGCUGGAUGGAGGCCGCUGAUGAUGAUGCAGAGGAUCGGGGCCCCAGGAGCCCCAAUGCCUUCCUGCCUUUCGGUGUGGGCCCUCGGGGCUGCAUCGGCCGCAACUUCUCGUUGCUGAAUAUGCAGGUAACUGUA